GUACUCAUCCACCUGACAGUAAAUAUAAUAACAAAAACAUCUAUGGCUAUGCAAAAACUAAUUACAAAGUGGACUUUGGACUAUGGAGUGAUGAAAUGAUAAAUACAUGAUUAGGGAACAAUAACAAAAAUAAAUGAUUAUUUCAUUUAUUCAUUCAAUAACUGAGAUAAUUUGACAAUUAAAGUGUAGUAGUGAAUAAUAUUCAUAUAAAUUCAUAUAUUUUCUUUGUAAUCACAACAGUGCUUACAUUUUUCUUCAUAACUUUUUCCACUCAAUUAUGAAAUUGAGUUGAACAAUCAUGACACACAAUCAUAAUAGUGGACAUUCAAAUUUUCAGCGAAGUCAAUCUGCAGAUAUGACUGACAAUACCCAGCCAAGAAUUUCUCUCCUGAAUAGUUCAAGUAAUGUUUUGCCUUCCAUGUCAGCUCCAGCAUCUUUUCAAAGACGAACUGUUGAAAGUGCCAGACAACUGAGGGACAGUUUUACCAAUGUCAUUCGAGAAAUUGAGCCUCUUGUGGAAACUGCUAGAACUGUUAAUGCUGGUGUUACAAGCUUUCUAAAUAGACCACAAUCAGAACUGAACCUUUCAAGAUUGUCAAGUGAUGAAGCAGUCAAUGACAGUUAUUAUAUCAAUUUGGAAGUUCCUGAUAGUCCCAGAGAGCAGGGAGAGAAUCCAGUUAGCCUAGAAAAUAUUGAGAAUGAUCCAAACAAUCCUCCUGAUAACAAUAAUGCAGAUGACCCAGAUAGAAGGCAAACUGUAAUUGAAGCUCAACAAUUCAUAAGAGUCCUGCUCAAAUAUGUACCAUUCAUUCUAAUUUUAAUAGCAAAAUCUGUGUAUGAUUACCAUGAAGGAAUAUUCAUUCUAAUUGUUCUUUUUGUAACUUUUGCCCACACUAACUCUGCUGUGAAGAAAGAGGCUACCAAGAGGCAAAGGAGAAGCAAAGCCACAUUAUGCUUGGAAUUUUUGUAUAUUGUGGUUUGCUUACUGUUCAUUCAUUAUGUUUUUGCAGAUGAGCUGCACAAUUUCAAUGUGGUGCUGAAUCUUGUUCUGAUUAGAAGUUUCACCCAUCCUUUAACUGUUUGGAACUUAUUGUGGGUGGUCACCAUAACAGAUUUCACUUUGAAGCUUGUUACAGUUUCUUUCAAGAUAGUGCUGACAAUGUUGCCUGGAUCAGUUUUGGAGUUCAAGAAAAGAGGAAAAGUCUACUUAUUCAUUGAGGCUAUAUCACAGAUGUACAGGAGCAUAGCUACCAUACAACCAUGGCUAUAUUAUCUCCUAGAGUCUUAUCAAGGGCCUGAAAAAAUUGUAGCAGUAUUUUUGUCUGCUUUCUACAUGAUCUCCAAGGGGUCUGAUUUGAUGUCCAGGGUGAAGCUAUUGAAAAAUGCAUUCCUGAAACUAUUACAUAAUGUGAGUAUCGGAUCAUCUCCUAGCAAAGAUCAGAUACAAACAGCCGGCGAGAGCUGCCCGAUUUGCCACGACGAAUACGACUCGCCGGUCCUGCUGCAUUGUCGCCACAUCUUCUGCGAAAGCUGCGUUGCCACGUGGUUCGAUAGGGAACAGACCUGUCCGCUCUGUAGAGCGAAAAUAGUGGACGAUCCCUCUUGGAGGGACGGUUCCACGUCAUAUUUUAUGCAACUGUUUUGAUUCCACAGGGGUAGGAAUACAGAAGCAGUUAACAUACCUAACCUGUGAUAUUUUCAUUAUUUAAGUUGUAUUUUAUGAACAAUUAGUCUUCAGUAACAUUAAAAUUCAAACUCCUAU